AUGCAGCGUCAGCUCGUUAUACCACCAAUCAUCAUCAUCUACGUGCUGUGCCAAGCCUAUGGAGACACUGGUCUAGUCUCACCGCUAGAACACCCCCUCCCUUCCAUCCACUUGGGGGCGUCCACUUGCAAACCGAGUAUGCAGAUACCGUCACCGCCAGUCUUCAGCACUGGCCAUCUACUGGUCAUCGAUGGUGCCAACACUGCCAACAACGCGCUGCACGCUGCAAUUUUGGCACACGCCAUGUUUUGA